ACAUAACCUCACUUAUGUCAUAAAAAAAUAUUCAUCCUUAUCUACAAUUAUUAUGAUUAUCUACUUAAUUGGACUCCGGUCAUUCAAAUGAGUGCAAGUCAUGCUUGUUCAGUACCAACACAUCGUUUGCUGGACAAGUACUACCUAAACAAGAAGAUGAGUUAUUUUGCUAAAGAUCGUUUAAAAGGAAAAGUUGCUAUUGUAACAGCUUCAACAGAUGGUAUUGGUUUUGGAAUUGCUGAACGAUUAGCUAGAGAAGGUGCAAGUGUUGUUAUUAGCAGUAGAAAACAGAAAAAUGUUGACGAAGCUGUUAAGAAACUAAAAAGUGAAGGAUUGGAAGUUGUUGGAAUUGUGUGUCAUGUUGGAAAAGCUGAGGAUAGAACUAAACUUUUCGAUUUAGCUGUAUCGAAAUAUGGAGGAUUAGACAUUUUAGUGUCUAACGCAGCGGUAAAUCCAACAAUGUCUGCUGUUUUAGAUACCCCUGAAGCUUCUUGGGAUAAAAUUUUUGAGAUAAACGUAAAAGCUGCUUAUCUUUUAGCGCAAGAGGCUUUACCUCAUUUAAGAAACCGAGGAAAAGGGAAAAUUAUCUUUGUUACUUCCGUUGGGGCAUAUCAUCCAAAUCAAACAUUUCAGCUUUUAGGUGCUUAUUGUGUAAGUAAAACAGCGCUUUUAGGUCUUAUUAAAGCGGCAGCUGUACAAUUGGCUAGUGAUAAUAUUCAAGUGAACGGAAUUGCGCCGGGUGUUGUACCAACGAAGUUUGCUGGUGCGAUUACGACUGAUGAAUUUGCGAGGAAUGAAUCGUUAUCUCUAAUACCGAUGCAUAAGUUUGGAACUCCUCAAGAUAUGGGAGCUACAGCUGCAUUUUUGGCUUCAAAUGACUCCGAUUAUAUGACUGGAGAAACUAUGACCGUAGCAGGAGGAAUGCCAUCGAGAUUAUAAAAUAAUUUUUUAUAAAAAUAAAUGAUUAAUAUUA